AUGAGCGCAUCAUGCAAUAUCUACAAGGAUGAUAUCGACUUCACCGCCCUUGCCCUGCAGUCCCCGGAAUUCGCAAAGUAUCUUAAAUCUAACGGGCAAUUGGACUUUACCGACCCCGAUGCCGUGAGACAAUUGACCAAGAGUCUGUUACAGCGAGAUUUCGGCCUGAAGGUGAACAUUCCGGACAAGAGACUUUGCCCUCCGGUUCCGAACAGGCUGAACUAUAUCCUCUGGCUGCAAGAUCUCCUCGAUACCACGGGAGACAAGUACCAGGGUAGCUACGACGCCGAUCGGAAAGUCGUCGGACUUGACAUCGGGACAGGAUGUUGCAGCAUCUACCCUUUAUUAGGCUGCUCCAUGCGGCCUGGCUGGAGCUUUUUUGCUACAGAUAUUGACGAAGGCAAUAUCGAGUCGUCGCGAGCAAACGUAAUCGCCAAUGGGCUUGACUCGCGAAUUACGGUUGUUAGAACAAAUUCAGAGGAGAAGCUCAUUCCAUUGGACACGAAACUCAAAGUCGAUAGACUAGACUUCACCAUGUGCAAUCCUCCCUUCUACGCUUCUCAAGAUGAGAUGGUAGCAUCUGCCGAAGCCAAGGACAGGCCACCCUUCUCGGCAUGCACAGGUGCAGAAGUCGAGAUGGUAACAGCAGGUGGAGAAGUCGCUUUCAUCUCCCGAAUGAUCGAAGAAAGUCUGCAGCUGCGCAACAAGGUAUUUUGGUACACAUCGAUGUGCGGCAAGCUGAGCAGCAUCUCCGUCCUCAUCGAGAAGUUGAUUGAGCAUGGCAACAACAACUACGCCGUGACAGAGUUUGUCCAGGGUAACAAGACCAAGCGAUGGGCCCUAGCCUGGUCAUGGACCGAUAUCCGUCCGAGAGCGGCCGUAGCCCGAGGCAUCCCUACGAUCCCGAAACACCUUCUCCCAUUCCCUUCCGAAUAUACGUUCACAGCCACGACCGAGUCAAUCGAUGAGGUGGCUACCACCGUUGACGCAGAGCUAGGCGCGCUCCCCCUCCAGUGGCUCUGGCGCAAGAGCCUCGCCACAGGCGUGGGCUUCGCGAUGCAGAACGUUUGGUCCCGUCAAGCCCGCCGCAAGUUGCGCAACCCAGACGCGAUGGCCGACCAGCCCCCGGUAGAGGAAAGCAAGGCCGCUCUCGGGUUCAGGGUGCAGUUACAGAAAGAGGUCAGCGACGACAAAGGGGUGAAGGUGAUCAUUCGGUGGAUCAAAGGAACAGACACUGUUCUCUUCGAGAGUUUCUGCGGCAUGCUAAAGCGCAAGAUCGACAGCAAGCCAUGA